AUGUCUUUACCGGAAUCUGAGCUCUUUCCAUUCAAGAAGAUGCUAUCAAAAGAGGAGCGUAAUCAAGUUAUUAACAAAUUAACCAUGCGUUUCUCUGAUUCUCCAAAAUUGGACAAAGAUUAUAGUAUAGAUAAGGAAGGCGAGCACCAGAGUGAUUCCUAUUGGAUUUUCGGUUCACAUUGUCCAAUAUGUAGAGAAAAUCAUAUGAGUUUACAAGGUAAUUGGUGGUUUGAUAAUCGAAGUAAAAAGAUAUAUUAUUAUUUGCAUUGCACUAAUUUAAAAGAGCCAGGAAUUUUUAUUGAUGAGGUAUUAGAAGCUUAUCCUGAAAAUUCAAAACCAAUUCAGAAGUUAAAAACUCAAUGCUUCACAUCACCUAUCCCUUGGAACAAUGCUCUUAUAUUUCCAAAUAAAAACAUAGCAGUGGAAGCAUAA